UCAGCCGCUCUCAAUAUUUUUGCAGGUACUGUGAAAUCACAAGAAGUGAGUUUGAGGCUGAUCCGAAUGCCUGUGGUCCUCCACGCACCCCAGAGACGUAUGACGCGGCUGUUGCUGAUCUCCAGGCUGAACACCUCGAAGGCGUCAGAGGAAUAAAGGUGGCAUUUCUUCUUCAGUGAAAAUAUGAGUGACUCAGAGCCAACCUUCCUAGAUGUCGCCAUCAUGGAAGCCCUACCAGAACUUCCAGCAGGAAACAAAAAGAUCCUGGAAGAGCACUUGCAGUCCAUUGGAGUUGAGACGUACGAUGAUCUACGCUUCAUAAAGGAGGAUGAUUUGAUGACAGCAUUAAGACCUGUACAAGCCAGAAAGCUUCUUUCCAUUUGGAAAUGUAAAUACCAAACUCCUGAGAACAGCUCACUAUCAUCUGUGGAAACUUCACCUACCCAGUUGCUGUCAUUGCUCACUGAUUCCCCCCGAAGUUCACCGUCAACCUCCUCCAGCAGCCCAAGCCCACCUGACACACAGUGGGAAGACUUUGAAAUUCCAUGGAGUAAAUUUCCUGAGGAACUGAUGCACUCUUUGGAGAGGGGAAAAAGGCCAGGCCCAAAACUGAGGAGGCAAAUGGUCCGGAUUGUUGUGGCUGAGAUGAUGAUAAAAUGCCCUCACAUAGGUAAAAAGCAUUCAACUGACGUUGCCAAAAAAAUGGUGGCAAAAUAUCCCAAAUCUCUGCAAGAUGUAAUAGAGGGUGACAUUGUUGGCACAGGCUACCAUAGCCUUGUCAAACAGUUGCAAUACAGAAUUGAAAAUGUGAGGCGCACUUCAACACCCAAAAUAAGAAAAAGAAAACAUCAGACUGACUCAGACCACACAGAUGAGAUCCCAUUAGAAGAGAGAGCAGCAAUGCAGGACACUUACGGAUGCAUUCAGUGGAAUGUGAAAUUUCUGCCCCUUGAAGAAACUCAAGAGAGCCAGCAGCAAAAGAUGGAAAAACUCAAGGUGAUGUUCCAACACUCUGAUGCCAAUCCAGAGGAGGUAAAAUGUCUAAUGAAGUCCACUUUUUACACACAGCGGCAACAUGUCAACCAGGGAAAAAGUAUCAAAUGCCUUAGAGAGGAGUGGCCGUUUUGGUUUGAUGAACUUGGCAUGUCAAUCCACUUCAAGGAGCUCACUGGGAUUGACCUCAAAGAGACAUUCACACGAAAUUUGGAUUUGAAGGGAAAAAGGCUUCUCGACUACAUGACCACAGUUUGUGUCAACAAGAGCAAGAAGUUCCUUCAGAAUUACAUGAGGCUUCAGAGGAUGCGGGAGUGCAGAGUGGCUGCUCACAUGAUGUGA